GCUAGGUUGGGACACGUGGUCCUGUCUUGAGGAAAUACGCAUGCGCCCUGACCCUUGGGCGGAAGGCGGCUGGAGUAAGCUUCUCUCCUUCUUGAACUUUCUUCCUUGGAAGGAUGCAGAAGGAAGCAGAGCUCUGACAUUUCUGACUCCUUAUCUUAAUUUCAGAUGAAGGAUGGAUGAAAUGCUGUCUGAAAUUCUGUCCAGCAAGAUAAAAGAUAGAAGUGAUGAUAGUGGUCCAAAGUUUGCAGCUAUUUUUACCAAAGGAUUCUUCAGCUUGAAGAAAUUUUAGUGUGAAUUUCACAUUAAAAUUUACUGGCCUCUCCAAUCAAGGUUUAUAAUCCUUUAAAAAAAAGCGAUAACUGCACUUAUAAAUUUAAGUCAAGAAAAUUGUCAGGAUGUCAAAUAAGCAGGUGAAGACAGCAUUGAAAAGUGCCAGAGAUGCAAUAAGAAACAAAGAAUAUAAGGAAGCUUUAAAGCAUUGUAAGACCGUAUUGAAACAAGAGAAGAAUAACUACAAUGCCUGGGUUUUUAUUGGAGUGGCAGCAGCUGAACUGGAACAGCCUGAUCAAGCCCAGGGGGCCUACAGGAAAGCAGCUGAACUAGAACCAGACCAGUUAUUGGCCUGGCAGGGGUUAGCAAGUUUAUAUGAGAAAUCUAACUAUACAGAUGCCAAAGAUGACUUGAUCACUGUCUACCAAAAGCUUUUGGAUCUCUAUGAAAGUGUUGACAAGCAGAAGUGGUGUGAUGUCUGUAAGAAGCUUGUGGAUCUCUAUCACCAAGAAAAGAAAUACCUGGAGAUGGCUCAAACAUGGCACAGACUUAUCAAAGCAAGAAGGGACGAUGGUGCAGAGAAAAAAGAGGUUUACCAGCUGUGGAUAAAGUUAACUCAGUUAUUGGCUGAGAGUACUGAAGAAGAAAAUGAUGAAAUUCAGCAAUUGCUUUUCACUGCAUUUGAAAAUGCUUUGAGCUCUUCAGAUAAUAUUCCUAGUGAAGAUCAUGAAACACUUUAUAGACACUUCAUUCAGUGUUUGUCUAAAUUUCCUGAUGAGACUGCUAGGAUGAAGAAAGCAUGUGAAGGUAUGAUGAACAUCUAUCCUACCAUAUCUUAUCCAUUGGAAAUGCUUUGCUUACAUUUAAUUCAGUCAGGAAGUUUCACUGAUGAAGCCCUGCAGUAUUGUUACCAACUGGUGAAGAAGAACUCAGAAAGUGGUCCUGGCCUCAUUGGCUUAGGCAUAAAAGCACUACAAGACAAAAAAUAUGAAGAUGCUGCCAAAAACUUAACAGAAGGAUUAAAACUAAGCAGUGUCUGCAUAGUAGGAUGGUAUCAUCUGGCAGAGGCUCAAGUGAAAAUGCAUCGCUAUAAAGAAGCUAUUCUUUCUUGCAAUCAAGCUCUGAAGACAAUAGAAAACCUCAGUUCACCUGGUAGAACUCUUCAUCAGAAGAACCUCUGCCUUUGUUUGAAAGCAGAGGCCUUAAUAAAACUUUCAGAUCAUGAUUCUUCAGAAGAAGCAAUUGCCAUUCUAGAACAGAUCUCAGAUGCAAAUAAUAUUCCAGAGCUUUUAGUUCUCAAAGGUCUUGCUUAUCUAAACAAAGGCUUAACUGAUAAAACUUCAAAGAUUGUUGAAGAACUUCUUUCCUCUCACCCUAACCUAGCUGCAGUCCAUGCGCUGGAGGCACUGAUUCAUUUUACCAGAAAGGACUAUCCAGAGGCAGAGAAAGGAUUUCAGAGAGCUCUUGACAGAGAAGCCGAGGUUGCUGAUUAUUAUUACUAUCUUGGAUUAACAUAUUGGUUCAUGAGUGAAGAUACAAGAAAAGACAAAACAAAAGCUCUUACCCAGUUUUUGAAGGCUGCAAAAUUGGACACGUACAUGGGUAAGGUUUUCCACUACUUAGGACAUUACUACAGAGAGGUAGUUGGAGAUAAGAGCAGAGCCCGGGGGUGUUACAGAAAAGCUUUUGAACUGGAUGAAACAGAUGAAGAAUCUGGAGCUGCUGCAGUUGACUUAAGUGUGGAGCUUGAGGAUACGGACACUGCUUUGGUUAUCUUAACAACAGUGACUGAAAAGGCAAGUGCUGGGACAGCAAAAUGGGCUUGGCUUAGAAGAGGGCUCUACUAUUUGAAAGCUGGUCAGCAUUCUCAAGCAGUGGCUGAUUUACAGGCGGCAUUAAGAGCAGACCCAAAGGACUUCAACUGCUGGGAGUCAUUGGGAGAGGCCUACUUGAGUAGAGGUGGCUAUACUACAGCUCUAAAAUCCUUCACAAAAGCCAGUGAGCUGAACCCAGAAUCUAUCUACAGUGUGUUUAAGGUUGCAGCAAUACAGCAGGUCCUAGGCAAAUAUAAAGACGCUGUGUCUCAGUAUCAGCAGAUCAUAAAAAAGAAAGAAGAUUAUGUACCUGCCCUGAAAGGUCUUGGUGAGUGUCACCUUAUGAUGGCAAAAGGAAUGCUGACUGAUUACCUUGAUGGAAAAGCUGUGGACCAUAUUGAACAAGCUUUGAAUUACUUUACUUGGGCUCUCCAGUAUCGAUCUGAUGUUUCUUGUAUUUGGAAGCUCACUGGAGAUGCAUGUACCAGUUUACAUGUGGUUUCACCAUCUAAAGUGAAUGUAAAUGUUUUAGGAGUCCUUCUGGGUCAGAAAGAAGGGAAACAAAAAUUGAAGAAACAUGAGCUUCUCCAUCUAGGGGGAAGGUGCUAUGGUCGAGCAUUAAAACUGAUGCCUACAGCUAAUACAUGGUGCGAUCUUGGAAUUAAUUAUUAUCGUCAAGCACAGGAUCUAGCAGAAACCAGAAGUUGUGUGAAUGAACUUAAAGAGUUGUUGGAGAAAUCUUUACAUUGUCUGAAAAAGGCAGUGAGACUGGAUAGUAAUAACCAUUUGUAUUGGAAUGCCCUUGGUGUGGUUGCUUGUCACAGUGGCAUUGGAAACUAUGCACUUGCCCAACACUGUUUCAUCAAAUCAAUCCAAGCUGAACAAAUUAAUGCUAUUGCAUGGACAAACUUGGGAGUUUUAUAUCUAGCAAAUGAAAAUAUUGAGCAAGCUCAUGAAGCCUUCAAAGUUGCUCAGUCCCUUGAUCCAUCUUACUUAAUGUGUUGGAUUGGGCAGGCUCUUAUUGCAGAGACAGUUGGAAGUUAUGACACGAUGGAUCUCUUUCGGCAUACUACUGAACUCAGUAUGCACACAGAGGGUGCAAUAGGCUAUGCAUAUUGGGUCUGUACAACACUGCAAGAUAGGACAAACAGAGAAACGGAGCUGUACCGCUAUAAUAUCCUCCAGAUGAAUGCCAUUCCAGCAGCACAAGUUGUUUUGAGCAAAUAUACAGAAAGAAUUCAGAAUUAUGCUGCAGCUUUUACAAUGUUGGGUUAUUUAAAUGAAUAUCUACAACUGAAGAAAGAGGCAGCUGAUGCAUACCAAAGGGCAAUUUUAUUACUACAGAAUGAAGAAAAACAAGAAAUCUAUAAUGUUACAGUAAGAAAUUAUGGACGCUUGUUAUGUGCUAUUGGUGAAUGUGAUAAAGCCAUCCAGGCUUUUAAGUCAACCCCUCUGGAAGAAUUUGAUGACAUCGUAGGUCUUGCACUGGCUUUAUUCAAGAAAGGACUUUUCCAAGAGAGCAACAAAGCCUAUGAGAGAGCCUUGUCCAUUGUUGAAUCAGAGCAGGACAAAGCUCAUAUCCUGACGGCCCUGGCAAUAACAGAAUACAAACAAAAUAAAAUGGACAUAGCCAAGACAUUACUAUUCAAAUGUUCUAUCUUAAAGGAACCAACCACUGAAAGUCUUCAAGCACUCUGUGCUCUGGGGCUGGCAAUGAAGGAUGCUACUCUCUCAAAAGCAGCACUUAAUGAGUUAUUAAAGCAUGUAAAACAGAAAGGUGAUAAUUAUCAGAAGUGCCUUAUUACAUCAGCUGUUUAUGCACUACAAGGUCGAAAUGUGUCAGUGCAGAGACAAGUGUCUAAAGCUGUCCACAGUAACCCAGCAGACCCUGCCCUUUGGUCUCUUUUAUCCCGAGUGGUCCCUCAGUAUACUCCACGAAAUGCCCAAGGUGGAGCUGUAGCAGGAAAUGUGGCUCAUAUACUUGACUCAAAUCAUGGAAAGAAGGCCUUACUAUAUACUGCAGUCAAUCAGUUGGCAAUGGGAAGCAAUUCAGCAGAAGAUGAAAAAAAUGAUCCACUGAAGACCGUUCAGAAGGCAGUCCUAUUAUCUCCAGAUGAUCCUGCUGCCUGGGCAGGGCUAAUGGCAGCCUGUUAUGCUGACAACACGUUGGCUCUCUUAAAUAACACACAGCCAAAGAGGACAGAGCUAGACAUAGCACUGUUAACCACUAUUUCUGCUACAAUCAAAGAAAAAGACCUUCCUGAAAGCUACGUUCAGACUAUUGAAAAGUGGUCUCUUUGUCAAGCUCUCACUGGUUUAAUAGAAAAAGGGAAAAUUUCAGAAGCUGAGGCCCUCUGCACAAAGCAUUUAAAAAGUAGCCAUGACCAACCAACUGUCUUCCUGCUUUUAAGGCAAAUUCAGUGUAAACCUCUGCUGCAGGCACAGAAACAUCUUCCAGAUGCUGUCCUGGAAGAGCUGCAAAAAACAGUUGUGUCCAAUUCAACAUCUUUUUCAGCUUGGCAGUGGUUAGCACAGGUAUACCAGUCCCAGGGAAUGAUGGGCGCUGCAGAGAUGUGCUACAGAAAGAGUCUCCAGGUGGCAUCCCAGCAGGGUCAUUGGAAUGGAAAACUCUCAAGUUUACUGCGACUGGCAUUACUUGCCCUGGAAGUCUGCAGGGCUGAUAUUUCAAAUGAUCACUGGCCAUCUUUGGUUCAAGAAGCUACAGCUGAAGCACUGAAACUUUGCUUUUGCCCCCUGGCUCUUUUGUUGCAAGCUCUGUUACAAUUUCACCGCAAAAUGGGAGCAAGGGAGACACGGCGGCUGUUGGAGAGAGUAGUGUAUAAGCCUGGGUAUCCCAAAUCCAUCAUAUCAGUUGCACGCUGGUACCUGCUGAGACAUUUAUAUGCCAAAGAUGAUUAUGAGCUAAUCGAUAUGCUUGUAGACAAUGCCAAAGUCCAUGGAGAUACCAGAGCCCUAGAACUGAAUCAGAAAUUGUCGUCAUCAUCAUCAAAAUGACAUGGAUUGCUUGUAGUCAGUGAAGUAAAGGAAGCUGUCAGUGGAAUUGAGAAAUAAAUCAAGUCUUUCUCCCAAAGCAACAUUCUGAGGCCCUCCACCUCCCUUGCUAUUGUACUUUUUAAUCCAGGACAAUUUAUAUAAAUAUUCCCUCCCCCUACUAAACACACACACACACACACACUCACUCACUCUCUCUCUCUCUCUCUCUCUCUCUCUCUGUCUGUCUCUCUGUCUCUCUCUCUCUCUCUACCACCUUGAGGUGGAAUCUCUCAGAAACCCCUAGCCUGACUUUAAUUUGGAAAAAUAUCUUUCCUAUUCAAGAGAAAAGUUUACAGUGAGAAGAAAAUGCACCUGCCUGUCUAGUUCUACAGCAACAACUAUGAAGAGUGCAUGAAUAACAUUUUUUUUGUGUGUCUUCAGUGGUACAGAACACUUUUUGCAAUAAAGCCUUAAUAACCAUCCUCUCAUAAUAUACAAAGACAUUUAGAAAUUAGCACAAUUCUGAUGUUUUGUUGUAACAUGCUUUUAUGUGAUAUAUCCUAAUGGUCCCAAGAUAAUUGCUUUUAUGGGCAGUAGAAUUCAGUACAACCCCAAACAAAUAAUAUAAAUAUAUAAACUAUUUUGUUAUCAGUUCAUAUCAGAUUCUGUGCAAGACGCGUAAGUGGAAAGGUGCAGGUGCAUCUUAAAUUGCUAGUAUGUGUGUAUGCAUAUAUAUAUAUAUAUAUAUACAUAUACAUAUAUAUAUAUAUAUAUUUAGUGAUGCUUAGAUCUGUGGCUGUUUUAAAUUGUUCAUUUGAAAGAAUUUUUGAAGGUUUUUUUUUUUGUGUGUGGUGGGUCAGGGCUAGGGUGGGGUAGAAAACAUGGCUGCUUAUAUCUAAUUAAUCAUGGUAAUGUCUUGACUUUGUGAUGGCAAGUAUUCUUACUUAAAUGGAAUAAAACCAUGGCCUGUUUUUAGUACCAUGAAAAGAUGAUCUCAGAGUGUCAUAUUUAGAAUUUGAAAUAUUAGAUGCUUCCAUUAUUUUCACUUGUUUGGGUUUUAUACUUUUGGGGAAAGUAUUUUUGCA